UUAAAACGAAAUCCUGCUGACUGAGGCAGUUUAUUUCAGGACGAUUUAAAGUUAAUGAGCUAAAGGAGUAGUGUAAUGUUUAGUGAGAGUGGAAAACAUUGACCAAAAGCAAAUUAAACAUUAUAUUUAGAGGUCAUCGAGAAGUUUGAAGCGCGAGAACUAUUGUUGGUGUUUUGUCGCCCUCUGCUGGUCAGACUGUGAACUGAGCGCGCUGUUGUCAUAGACGCGGAGUGAGGCGCAUGCGCGCUGCCUGAGGGAAGCAGUGAUGUGAUGACAACAGGCGAGUUUGGGAUCAAUAUUGACGCAUUUCGAAAUAAAACCUUGCGAUUAUCAACAUGAAAUUAACCCGCAAACUUGUUCUGGCUCGAGCUAAAGCAUCGGACCUGGAGAGUGUGAAGAAAUUAAACUGCUGGGGCUGUAAUCUGACAGACAUCUCCAUAUUUGAGGAGAUUCCUAACGUCGAGGUUCUCACACUGAGUGCCAAUCACAUCUCCUCUCUGGAGCACAUCUCGUCCUGUCAGCAUCUCAGCGAGCUCUAUCUGAGACGCAACAACAUUCAGAGUCUGUCCGAACUCCGGCAUCUGAAGAGUCUGAGCUGUCUGAAGGUCCUGUGGCUGGCGGAGAACCCGUGCUGCGACGCUGCUGACCCCAGCACAUACCGCCUGACCGUCAUCAGAAACCUGCCUGGACUGCACAAACUAGACAACCAGGUGGUUACAGAGGAGGAGCUCGCACAAGCAUUAAAAGAAGGGGAGGAGCUUGUGAGCCCUUCAAACCCCGCCCCCACCAGCUCAACCAAUGGCCACACAGAAGCAGACUCCGAGAACGACCCUCUUAAUUACAGUAUGGAGGAAACCAAUAAAAUUCGUGCUCAGCUGGGAAUGAAGCUGCUGGCUAGAGACAAGUUCCCAUCGCUGUCGUCCCCGCGAGAGGCCGGAGACACGUCUAAGAGGAAGAGUCACACAUUAGAGGCCGUUCUCCUCCUGCUGAAGGAUCUGGACGUCGAGGAACUGAAAAUCGUUCAGUCAGUCACAGAGAGCAAACUCAGAUCACGCAGUCGACAGAGAGAGAAAUCUCCCAUCUGCUCAUAAACUCACCAGGGGAAAACAUUUAAACCAGCAACCAGAGUUUACUUUUGGGAAAAUGACAGGUUUAUACAUAUUUUGGUGACACUUUAUAAUAAUGUUUCAUUUGUUAAUGCAUUAGGUAACAUGAGCAAUAUAUUUCUUACAGCAUUUAUUAACCUGUUAAUGCCAGUAGAAAUAGUUGUUCAUUCAUGUUAGUUUCACAGUGCAUUAAUGUUAACAUAACUUUUGUGCAUGUUUAAGUUAACUUCAGGAAUAAUAAAUGCUGUAUAAAUAUAGUUCAUUUUAACUAAUGUAUUUAAUGUUAAUAAAUGAAACCUUGUUGAAAAGUGUUACCCAUAUUUCUAUUACAAAUGUCUAAGUUAUUUUUGUGUGUUAUGUUUAAGGCAGAAUAUCUCAGAUAUUAACAUUUCAGUCAUUUUAAACGACACCAGACAUCAGUCCAGAUCACUGCAACACUUAAUACAGUACAAAAAGUAAUGAAUAAUGUAAAAAGCUUUCGUUUGUUUGAAUCCGUCAUGUUCACUUGUGAUUGUUACCAAGUUGCCUUUUCCUGUUCAAACUAAGACGUUUUCCUAUUUUGGAUGAAAUGUUUUGCUUUGUAAUUAUCUAAAUGAAGUAUAACAACAUUUUGUGUUGAAAUAAUACAUAUGAGAAUGUAUUUUUCUAUGUUAAUAAAUUCAAAUGCACAAGAAUA